GACAUAGACAGAAACCACACUUGCAAUGAAAUCACCGAAUGACGAACAGCAGGCCUCACGAGGAGCAACAGUCCUCAGCCACACUGCAGUGCACUGCACCUGUCCUAUCAGCCACUCACUCAGCCACUCAUCAAUCAUAUAUCACUCCUCCUUAUGAAGUACUGGCCGCCCUUAUGAUUCUCAUGGACUUGACCCCCUGCGCCCCCGGCUGACAGAAGAGGAUGCAGUCGUUGGCCUUGCCGAGGAACGGCGUGUAGGAGCAGUCCUUGGGCUUAUUCUCGUCCUUCAGCGCCACCUCUUCCAGAACCUCCAGUCGCCGCGACAGCUGCUCUGGGGGCGCCGAGGUGCGGUUGAGGAGCUGGGUGAAGUAGUCGCGGAAUUGGACGUCGCCGACGAAUCCCGUGAGUGGGGGGCCGAUGAAGAGGUGGCGGCCGAUUUCGACCUUCUUGGCGUUGACGGACUGGGGGGGCAUGCCCUCAAACAUCUUCUGCAGGGGCAGCACCUUGGCCUCCAUCAGUUCAUUCACCGCAGCACUGCACACACAGAGACAUCACAGGCACCGAGACACCAGUGGCCCAGAUUGGGUAUGUGAUGUGAUUCGUUGUUCGUUCGUGUAAUGUGCGGCACAUACAUGUACUCAGCAUCUGCGGGGGGUGGGUAGGGCUGCUGCGCACAGAGAAAGGUCUUGGGGUAGCCGACAGGGGGAGUGUCUGACGUCCAUGUGAGCGACGACACCAUCUGGUCGACCUUGAGUGCGUCCUCCUGCUGGUUGGCCAGCACCCACCAGUACUCGCCCACGACAUUACCGCCCACUGUUUCGUCCUUAUCAGGGUGCUCACCCUCCGCGAUCGCCGUGACAUUCUCACUGUCACCCUCGUCAGUGGCGUUGGCCGCAGUCUCUCCCCCACCAGCAGCGGCAGGGCCAGCAGCCGGCUCACCUUCAGGCUGUUCGUCGUCGUCUGCCUCUCCUCUGCCUCGUCCAGUUCCUCAUCGCUCUUAGUGUUCAUGUUGUCUCGUUUUUCCGCCGCACCCAUCCUCCGGACCUCCGAAGACACCUCCAGGAAGCUCACGCCGGAGAGCGUCUUGGUCUUCUUGCAGUUCUCGCUGCGAUAGAGCUCCACUCUCGCCGCCCCCUGGAUCCUCAGCCCCUGAAAGGUCGCCUCGUCGUUGGUGAUCUUGGUGAAGGCGCCAGGCUGCCCGGCGGCCGAGAACUGCUGGUCGGCCUCUCUCAUGGCGGCGGUCAUGUUUUGCCAGUCGAAGCAGAGGCUGUCUUCGUCCUGCAGAGCGAAUGCCACGAAGGGGGGCUUCUCGGCACCGAAUGUCGGGAAGAGGUAGACACAUAUGGACUCCUCGGCGGUGCAAUUGGGCACUUUGUAGUGGAAGCCGAAGCGGAGGUCGGCGUCAGUGAAUCGGACGGAGAAGUCGUUGACGGAUUUUGAGAUGGCGUCGAGCAUUUCAGAGGUGGACACGACCAUCUCGUAGGGCCGGUCGGGGUCGAAGUACAUGCUCCAGUGGGGACUGCCCUCGUCCUGACACAACACCUGCACACAAACCACACGCACACACGACGACGCCCACUGCAGAUUGCAGGUGUGAGGUUGUUUGUGCACUGCGUGCGGACCAGCCGGGGAAGGCAUGUGAAGGCGAUGAUGAUGGCAGGCAGGCGCAUCAUGCGAUAGACGAGGGAGGACAUGACGCGUGCGAGAUCAAAGUGCCCCCAAUGAGCGAUAUUGGUGCCCAUCAUCCCUCCCGUGGACGCCGUGGUAAUUUCUGCACGGGUGACUUCAUCGUCGGUAUCGGGUCGUUCACUGCUCGUGUCGGCUACCUUCUCCUCGUCUGCACUGCUCUGACCGGUAGGUGAGGCUCGAUGGUGCAU